UUUGAUGACACUUUCGAAGGAGUGUGUAGUUUUCGAGAUAUUGAUUUGGCGAAACAAGAUGAACGGGUAUCCACUGAAGAAAUUAAAACGAAUUUGCGGAAACUAAAGUUGAAUCUUGGUAACAGUACAGCCCCAUAUACUAAAAAAUUGCUCAAAUAUCUUAAAAAAAUCAAACCUUCCAACCUUACGUGGAGAGACCCAGAAGCAAGUCAAGUAAUUAGUAGUGAUUCGAAAAUUAUAUGGUGCUUAUCUGAGGAGGCGGAAGAUGAAUAUAACCAUUAUAUGGAGCCAGUAAAAUGUAUGGAGGGAACAACUCCUCUUCGUAUCAAAGAUGUAUGUAAUGGGUUUGUGAUGAGCUAUAAUAAUACCAUGUAUGAGGAGGUGCCUAUUGAGCUUUCACAUGGAAAUUGGGAUGAGUCGGAAGAAGAUGUUGUAGGGAUUGCAUCUGGAAUUCUAGAUACAAUAGGAAGUAUUUGGAGAAAUCCAGCGUUUGGAGAGAAGUUUGCGAAAUCUCAAAACGAAGGGACAUAUGUAAUGGAUAUUAUAGUUUCUGUAGUGAAAGCUUCAUUAGAAAACCUAUCAAUAAAGAGUUUCGCCUUCGUUAGCACAGCAGAACGACAAAGUAUAGCAAGUAAAGAUCAAAGGGAAAAGACUGGCAAGCGCUCCGAUAUUAUAUUCAUGGAAGAAAAUGAUUGGGUGAAGUUAUGGAGAGAAAUGAAUGAUGGCAUGUAUUGGGUGCACAAAGGUUGUAAGCCAAAAAAAGAUGGGGUAGAUAAACUUUUUAGACUACGUUCGGUAGAUAUCCCGGUACAAUUCACAGAUAGAGAUACUGUAUAUAAUUUUGUGGAGACACUGUUGCUAUUACAGAAAAUCCUAAUCAUUAACCUAUCUUUAUUAUUAAAUGCGGAUCGUGGUUUACAUUGA